UGCAGGCAGAUGCAGCCGCUAUCCGGGGGAAGCAGGUCACAUACCGACAGGCUGCCGCACUGACACCUCACCGGGCAAUCACACUGGGACUCCGGGAGCAGAGCAGGAACCUCCCGGUCAUCAGGGGCCGCGGCGGACUCUGGGGACACUGAAUUUGCUUUUCCCCGGGGACCUUCGAGCAGCGAGAGAGAGAGAGAGAGGGGACCCCCCAAGUCAAAAUGUCAUUGUCAACUACGCGACGGCUCCAGCGCGGAACUCCUCUGCCGCUACACCCAGGAAUGAUGGAGUCUCCCAGCGUAGACAAAGAUCUGCUAGAAGGAUGCACGUCUCCCUUUGAACUGAAAUCAGCCCCAAGCAAGAAGAUGUGGGUCAAGCUGCGAUCUCUCCUGAAGUACAUGGUAAAGCAACUAGAAAAUGGAGAGGUCAACAUCGUAGAGUUGAAAAAAAACUUGGAAUACACAGCAUCGCUGUUGGAAGCGGUUUAUAUCGAUGAGACAAGACAGAUUUUAGACACAGACGAUGAGCUACCAGAAAUGCGAUCAGACUCUGUUCCAUCUGAAGUCCGGGACUGGCUGGCCUCCACAUUCACCCAGCAGACAAGGUCAACUGGCCGGAGGUCUGAGGAGAAGCCCAGGUUUCGCAGCAUUGUCCAUGCAGUACAGGCGGGAAUCUUCGUGGAAAGAAUGUUUCGGAGAUCAUACACAGCAGUUGGACCAAAUUAUUCUGCGGCUGUUGUUAACAGUUUAAAGCACUUGGACCUGUGGGACUUUGAUGUGUUUGUGUUGAACAGAGUGAGUGAGGAUCAUGCAUUGAAAACCAUUGUCUUUGAACUUCUGAGCAGGCACAAUCUCAACAGCAGAUUCAAGAUUCCUGUUGCAUUCCUCAUGAGUUUUUUGGACUCUCUGGAAAGUGGUUAUGGGAAAUAUAAGAAUCCUUACCAUAACCAGAUCCACGCAGCUGAUGUAACACAGACAGUCCAUUGCUUUCUUCUGAGAACGGGCAUGGUGCACUGUCUGAAUGAGAUUGAGAUUUUGGCGAUUAUUUUUGCUGCGGCCAUCCAUGAUUUUGAACAUACAGGAACGACAAACAGCUUCCACAUCCAGACAAAGUCAGACUGUGCCAUUCUGUACAAUGACCGCUCGGUGCUGGAGAAUCACCAUGUCAGUGCUGUUUAUCGGAUUAUGCAAGAUGAUGAGAUGAAUAUCUUUGUCAAUCUAACUAAGGAUGAGUUCACGGAACUAAGGUCUCUUGUCAUAGAGAUGGUCCUGGCCACUGAUAUGUCAUGUCAUUUUCAGCAAGUCAAAACCAUGAAAACAUCUCUGCAACAGUUGGAAACCAUCGACAAAUCAAAGGCUCUUUCUCUACUACUCCAUGCAGCUGAUAUCAGCCACCCCACCAAGCAGUGGAAGGUGCAUGCACGAUGGACCAAAGCUCUGAUGGAAGAGUUUUUUAGACAGGGCGACAAAGAGGCUGAAAUGGGCUUGCCCUUUUCUCCACUAUGUGACCGAAAGUCCACUUUGGUUGCCCAAUCUCAGAUUGGCUUUAUUGAAUUUAUUGUGGAUCCCACUUUUUCAGUGCUUACAGAUGUGGCUGAAAAGACUGUUCUUCCAUUAGUAGAGGAGAGAAGCAAAUCCAAAUCAACUGCUUCAGUCAACCAGUCAAGCUCUCAGUGGAGGCAGCCAUCCAUAGAUGACCAUUCUGAAAUGGGAGAUAUUAAUGCUGACAUUAAAAGCUUUCGAACAACGUGGACAAAGUAUAUCCAGGAAAACAAGCAGAAGUGGAAGGAAAGAGCAGCCAGUGGAAUCACUAACCAAACGUCUGUGGAUGAGCUCUCCCCAUGUGAGGAGCAACAUAGCACAGAGGAAAAUGGCAACCUGGACUAGUGCAGUUACCCUGGAUACCAGGCACUGCUCCUGUCCAGAAUAAGGUUUUUGAUGGCACUUCAGAUCCCCUCACUGCAGUAUGGAAGAACUAGAAUGCAGGAAGUAAGAUAAUCAGGUCUGAAUGAGGUCACCUGUCACUUUGUACGCACAGAAAGUGGGGAUUCAGGGAUCUAGCCUGCCUGAAUCCCUCCAUCUGUGAUACUGUGUGGACUGGCUCCCAGACCUUCACUCAGCUCUUCCUAUGUCUCUGUCUCAACAGCCUCUCAUUGACAUACUAAACUGCCUCUGCUCCAUGGAGCAUUUAAAAAAGAGGUAUCUUAUUCUUUAGUGAGUCCUUCGGUUACGGCACUCUAUUUUGUUGUUGUAUUCAAGUCUCAUGGACGGUCGUCAUUGCACUGCUCUGCAUGACUCUCAAGCAGUGAAACAGAAAUUAGCUCAUUUUUUUCAAGAAUGAUGCAAAAAAAUAAAUCAAUAAAACCACAUCCCUUUUAUAUAUGCACAUUGAAAGCAUAGAAAGGAGAAGUAUGGGACAGCCAUCGAUAAUGUAUUACUGCAUUUAAAGAAAGUACAGAAGGUAGAAGGUAGAAAAUAUGGAGCCAAGGCAUCUCCUAACACAUACCUUAUUAAGACAAUUUUCCUGGGGCAAAACCAAGGGAGAAGUACCCCAUGAAAUUCAAUGUUCCUAUAGCUGGUCAAUAUAAAAGUCAUAGGAUACUGGAUGCUGUAAGAAAUAGAAGUGAUCCUCAUUGUUCUUUCCUAACAAAAAACAUUAAGAGAAGCCAGUGGAACACAGACUCAGUUCUUCCAUUGCAUUGUGACCUAAGUACCCAUACAGAAGGGACCAAAGCAUGUUAGUAAAGUCCUUUUAUUAGAAUGAUGUUUACUGUAUUGCAUUUAUUACACCAAUUGUGUACUGCUGCUGAACACAUUAUUAGCACAGAGCAUUGCUGUAAUAGAAUAGUUUCUGCUAGGCAGACAUUGCUUUUUAUAUUUUUCUUCUGUUCUAAAUGAUAUGCAAAGAAAAACACAUUCAUUCAUUUCAACAUACGUAAGCAGGGCUCUGUCUAACCUACAAGAGUAUGCAGAGCAUUGCUCAUGUAAUCCUUUCUAGACAUUGAGGCAGAUUCAACAGAUAGCAACAAAAUCAACCUUUUCUCUCCCCUGCUUUUAACAUGAGAAACAUUCCUUCAUAUCCUACAGAUGGAGCAGGUUUAAUGGAGCCUGAUCCAUCUGUAGUUUCACAGUUGGCCUAAGAAAACAGAAGCUUGUAUUUCUGUCUCGUCAGUGUCUUGAUUUUGAUGUUGUGUUCUUGGAGCCUUGUUUUAAAGUACGUAAUAUAUAGUAUGUCCUGUCUAACCUUGAUCAGUAAACUGUUAAAUAUAGAAUUGCUCGUACAGGAUCAGAAUUUGUAUUUAUGAAAACAGUACUGUUCCAUGCUUUUGCAUGAAUAGCUGUCUCUUCUAUGAUGUAGACUUUGAACACAGAAAUACUUGCCCCAGAUAAUGAAUGGCUUCAGGUCAACACUUUAAGCUUUUUGUUAAACCAUCGCAUCUCAGGGUAAAGACUAUCAGGGAACUCUGUUCAAAAUAUCGUAAAAAGCUACUGUGUGGAUAUUUGGUCAGGGUGAAAUUAGGAAAGACCAUUGUUUGCCAGUGACUUAGUAAGACCAUCGUUUGCCAGACUGUCUCCUAGCAUCCUCUUCAACAUUUAGUCAUUUGGAAUGUCACAGAACUAUGUUAAUUUAUUAAACAUUUGUCUUUUUAAAGCAUAAGUUGGUCAGUUGGUCAGUUCAAAUAUGUAUCUGGUUCUGGGUAUAGAGGACAUUCACCAUAGACGAAAGAAAGCAAUAACAAGUUUUAGAUAAAAAUGUCCAUGUACCCAGCUGUCUUGAACUAAAAGUCAGUUCUUAGAAUGUAAAAGUUGAUUAUGCAACAAAGAAAUGUGCACACCAGGGAUUACACUCUUAUGCCAUAUAUGAUAAUAAUGGAGGUGUUGCAUGGUAAUGGUAAUUACAAGUAUAAUUAGACAAAAUGUGUUAGAAACUGCUAUGUGGCUGAGAACAAUAAAAGGGCCACAUGAGGAACUCCACUUCACUCCACUGGGUAAUCCUGUACUGGUUACCUGCUGCAGAUGGUGCCUGUAUUCCAUUCCAUUGCUAUUGUGCAAUGCUAUCACAGAGCUAUGCUGCCUUUCUGCACACCCAGUGAAGAGCAGGAAAAUCUACUGAGGUCUAAGUAAGGAGAUGGGGGGAUAGCCUGCAAAUGUUUUGCUGAGGGCUCCACUUAAGGCAGAUUCAAUGUUGCUGGGUUUUUUUUAGUUGUUAGUAUUAUAUUUAGUUAUCCUGGAAAGGCAACCCCUCGUGUCUAGGUUCAAAUAUCUGAAGAACAAUAAACAAGAGAAUGAGAGGUCAAUUAAAUAUUUGUUUUUUUUAAUAUACUAUGACUAUUCUGAUCAACAGAUUUGUUAUGUAGUCCCGAGUUCUUGGACACAGUUGUACAGAUGUGUCAGUUUUGUGUAGGUCAUAUGUCCCUUAACACCCCUUGAUCGGUUUGUACUAAUAUAGUGUGUAUUUGAGUGGUAUCACCAGUGGUCUUGUUCUAUGUUGCCUUUCUACAGUCUCCAGAAGGAAUUUAUUUUCAAGUUUCCAUGUUUUUAUCUAAUGGCAAUUACAAAAUAAAACCAGAAACAAAACCUAUGGGCAUUCUAUAAACAUUAGAAUAAAUAUAUAUAUGGUUUUUAAAACCUCCAUUAGGGCUGUUUGUGCUCCACAGUUUAAGUUCCACAACUCCAUGGAAUCAUUAAAUGUUUCUUAUGCUCCAGAUUGUCCCACACUCUUGUACACCAUAUAAUGCUUAAGAAAAGUUUUGAGCUAAUGUGUUGAGUUUCAUCCAUGAGUUUUGAUCAUAUACCAACAUCUAUCUUAUAUAAACAAGGGCUUGUUUUUUCUGCACAAGCAAUACAUGCUACAUUGAUGUAAUGGCUCAAUGCUACUGCCAGGGAAUAGCCAUCUUCCCUAAAUGACUUGUAGUGUAUAAUCCGAGAAAGCCAGGACAAUUUAGGAAUUAAAAGUCUUUAUGUCAUGCACACAGUCAGUGACAGCAUUAGGGUACGAAUGCUUGGCAUAAGCCAUGAAAAGAGCUUUAACAUUCUUAUAUUCAUUCUGUUACUUUGCUCUUGAGCUUACAGUAAAUGAGCCCUUUAAAUGACAUGCAAAGCCUAUAUUUUCCUACAGUCUAUAUAAGUUGGGCACAUAUCACCCAUCCAAAUGGCAUAAUUUGUACUUCAUAUAUUCCCUCUGUUUGCCAUCACAUUUUCCUAAAACAAAGCAGCUUUCACCUGGUGGCCAUUUCCCCUGUCACACCUAAUUAGUGAUGUUUACAUCUGCAAACAGCAAAUGUGUGCUGUAAAGUUAAUGCAAUCAAGAAUGCAGGCUUACACAGGCAGAAUUUAAUUUGAAAAAAAGUUGUGCUUUGAUUCAGCAUGUAAUGGUUAAGCUGAACUAAGGAGAGGCGAUAAGGAGAAAUAAAUAGUAACAGACAGCUAAAGCUGCGCUUCUAUAGGAACCAUUGGCUGCUAGACUGGAUGGCGUGUUUAGUAACCUGCGUUGAGAAGAACUGCUCAUUUAGCCAUGGGCCAAAGUAAGUUCCUAAGGAAGAGGCCAAGAUUUCCAAGAGGCUGUUGACCAAUUAAAUUUUUGUGUGUGUGUGUGUGUGGUGGGGGGGUUACAUAUCCUUUAGUUUUAUUUCUUUGUGGAUUGUGAAAAGUGUAGAAUUAUUGUCAAAUUUGACAUUUCAGUUUAGGGGGGCAGAAUAGAAAAGAAAAGUCAUUCACCAACUAAUGACUAAAGCUAUUUCUAACUUGUUCCCUUUAUGUCCUGGUAUGAAAUGUAUACCAAUGGUUUAUUUUUGUCAUUAUUCUUUUUGGUACUGAGUGCGGAGAUAAAAGUGUGUAAAAACAAUUAAUCUGCUUAGAGUUAAAAUGAAAAGGAACAAUAGUACUUUUUUUUACUAACCACAGGUUAAGUGGACUUGUUUGGUGUCUCUGUCCAUUUGUAUAAAGUGAGAUGUUUUUGACCAACCCUAGUCGUCUUAUUUCCCAUUUUCAUAGAUUUUCCAUCUGCUUUGUCUUUGAACAAGCUUAAACCCAUGUGCUAAUGGGUUAUAUGCAUUAAAGUAGGAAUCAUGUUAAACAGAAUCUCUGCUAGUCCUAUAGCCGUGGGCAGAAAAGCCAUGCCGCCAAGCAUUGGUGGGUCUCACCUUUACUUGUGUUUUUAUUGAUGCUUAAUGUAUAGCAUCUGCAACCCUAAUAUCCAACUACAGCUAUACUAACUGUCAUCAAGUUCCCUGUUAAAGUGAGUAACAGUAGGUAGAUUUAAAAGACUUUGCCCUUGGGGAUUUAUAUCACAAUAUAAGAUUAUAUUAUCUCCAUUACUGCUCACAUCCAUUAAUUCAAACCCAGUACUGCUACUGCUGGCAUGUUUUUAUAAGUGAGGUCAUGUCAACUUGCACUGCUGCCAGCACUAUCUGUCAGUUAAUGAUCAUAAUCACCAAGGGACUUUUAGUGGUUUUGCUACAAGUCACGGUAUAUGUUACUAUGUGAUUCUCUCUAUAAUAAGGUUUUUCCAUGAGGUUGCUAAAAGGAAAUAAAGUUCUAAAAUAAUUUCUGAAUGAUGUAAUAUUGCAGUCAUCACUGUCUGUAUUGAUUGUUUGUAUAAACUAUUAGAAAUACCCCUGAAAAUUCAUGAUUAAUGGCAAGUUUUAUAUAUGUGACACACAAUCUCUAACAUUUACUAUGCGUCGAAACGGCUAAAAAUCCUUAUGCCUCAAUUUGCCAGCUAAAACUUGCCGAGACCAUGUAGAAGCCAAUGGCAGAUGUCCCUUCCGCUUUUUUUGCUUUGAAUCUUUAACGGUUUUGGGUUUUUGACGCUGUUUUUUUGUGCAACAGUUCUAAAAAGCCGCAGUUUUCACACGACAAGUUGAAAAAUUCUCCAUUAUUCACAACUUUUCUGUGAUUUUUCCCACACAUGCUUUUUCAUUUCAUAUUUUUUAGUAAAUUCCAGACAUUUAUGCAAAUUAGAUUAUUCGAAUUUUAAAAUAAAAAAAAA